UUUUCUCCGCGACCCCUCUGAACAUCUUCUUUUCUCUCCCCCCUUUCUUUUGCCAUAAUGCCGCCCGUGAGUCUUUCUUGUUUAGGUGACGCGUUUUGUUCAACCCGGUCGCGCAUUGCAUGCAUGAACCACGAAGUUCAUCUUAUGUGCGCGACAGCUUGCUAACUAUUUGUUCAACAGGCUCGCAGUCUUCGCACACGAGGCGCCAUGAACGAGAACGAUGAAAAUGUGCAGUCGACGCGUCUGACACGGGCCAAGGCUGCCGCCCUGUCAGCGGGUGAUGCCCACGCUACAGCUCCUGCCGCCAAGAAGCCGCUUCAAACGAAAAAGGCCGCUACAACCACUACCGCUGGAACCCAGAAGAGACGCGCCGCGCUUGGUGAUGUGAGCAAUGUUUCCAAGACUGAAAGUGGGGAGACGAAGGAAGCCAAAAAACCAGCUGCAACUAAGGUUGGCUUGACAUCAAAGGCUACGUUGCAGUCUGGUGGAGUUCAGAAGCUCACUCGCAACAACUCAUCACGCACCAUCCUGGGAGCCAAGGAUAACAAUGGCAAGAAGCCUGCUCCGGAAGCCAAGCCUGGCAGCUCCAUGAAAAGAACAUCCAGCAAGUCGGUACUCGAGAAGACGCUAGCAGACGAACCACCCCGCAAGAAGGUCGACAUUGAGAAGAAGGCUGCCGAGAAGAAGGGUUCGAAAGUGAAGGGUGAAUCUUCGGUCCCUGUCGACCCGAAAGUCCUGCAGAAGCCGGCUGAGGAAUUUGUGGACGACUUGGAUGCCGAAGAUCUCGAUGAUCCCUUGAUGGCAGCAGAAUAUGUCGUGGAUAUCUUUGAGUACCUGAAGGACCUUGAAUUGGAGACGUUGCCCAAUCCGGAUUACAUCGAGCACCAGCCUGACUUGGAAUGGAAGAUGCGGGGUAUCCUUGUGGACUGGCUCAUCGAGGUUCACACUCGCUUUCGCCUUCUCCCCGAGACUCUCUUCCUUGCCGUCAACCUCAUCGACCGUUUCCUGUCUGCUGAAGUGGUGGCCUUGGACCGUCUUCAGUUAGUUGGUGUCGCCGCCAUGUUCAUCGCAUCCAAAUAUGAGGAAGUUCUCUCACCCCAUGUCGCCAACUUCAGCCAUGUCGCAGACGAGACUUUCUCGGAUAAGGAGAUCUUGGAUGCCGAGCGUCACAUCCUUGCUACCCUGGAGUACAACAUGAGUUAUCCUAACCCUAUGAACUUCCUGCGUCGGAUCUCCAAAGCGGACAACUACGAUAUUCAGACCCGUACCCUCGGAAAGUACCUCAUGGAAAUCAGUCUUCUUGAUCACAGGUUCAUGGGUUUCCGUCAGAGUCAUGUGGCCGCUGCUUCUAUGUAUCUGGCUCGCCUCAUCCUUGAUCGCGGUGACUGGGAUGCAACCUUGGCCCACUACGCUGGAUACGAAGAGGAGGAGAUCGACCCCGUCUUCCGCCUCAUGAUUGACUACCUGCACCGCCCUGUGUGCCACGAAGCAUUCUUCAAGAAAUACGCUAGCAAGAAAUUUCUAAAGGCAUCUAUUCUCACCCGGCAAUGGGCAAAGAAAUAUCAUCACCUUUACAUCAGCAGCUCGCUGUCAGAGCCAUACACCUUCAUCAAAGACAGCGAAUAAACAACACAUGGCCUCCCGGUGACUUAAUAUCGGCGUCUGGUAGAACGACCGGGGAUAGGAGUUGGUUGAUUCCAUAUGGUGGUAUUUCAUUCGUGAUGGUAUUAGGCAACUCUUGCAUAUGUUUACGAACGGCAUUUUUCUGUUUUCGGUUGCGGACGUUUGCAUCUUCGCUUCUUUGAGGGGUGUCAGGCGCACAUGUGUUUCAGCUUUGUUUUGAUU